AUGGCCUUCAGCGAUAGCAUCGCGGCCUUGCUGGAAACAUACUCCAACUGCGCAACACUCCUAAAAGCCUACAAGCAUGAUGCCAACGGAGAAGAUGGGAACGUCAAGGUGGACGCCCAGAAUAAACAUCUGCGCAAAUCCUUGAAAGCCGAUCGUGCAAUGGUAGAGCGGGCCUAUUCCAUCAGAUCAGCUGAGUUGGGCAGCCACUUGAAGAGGGGUGAUGCUCGUUCGAUAUCUGCGGUAGACGGGAUAUUGAAGAAACUCAAGGCAGCAAUUUCUAGUCUGCUCCGUGCCUCAAGCAGCAAGCAAACCCCGGCUCUGAAUUACGACGCACUCGGCCCGUCGUUUAGGAGGUUCUUCCCGCACAAGCAGGUCAACGGUGUCCAUGUCGUCGAAGCAUACGCGGGCCUCUUCACCCUCAUCGAGAACUCGACGGCAAUAUCCACCUCUCUCCAAGUCGGCUUCUCUACCGAAAAGGCGUCACUCCGAGCCCAGUACCCGACUGCAAGCUCGGUUUCAAAUACUAGCCGGCAUCGGAGGAAACCACCACCGGCUGAGGAAGAAGCACGAGUGAGUAAACAAAAGUCAAGUCCCAAGGAAAACAUCACGGCACCAGCAGAAGUCAGUAAUCCGACCGCAAGCGCAGUCUCUUCCUUCAGUCGACCAAGGAAGAAACCACUUAUGUCCGAGGAGGAAACAGGAACCGAGGGGAGACACAGGUCAAGUCCUAAGGGGGAGAUACCAGCGAAUAUCAAGAAUGCGGCCGCAAGCACAGUUUCCUCCUCUGGUCGACAUAAGACUAAGAAACCACCACCACGCAACGAUAACGAAACACGAAGGAGCAAAGAAAGGCUACCAAGUUCCAAGACCAAGGAAAGCACUGUGUCGGCCGAAAUGGGCAAUCCAACUGCAAGCUCGGUGUCUUCCUCCAAUCGGCGCAAGACUAAGAAGUCGCCGCCAACCGAGGAGGAAGCAAGAGAAGCGAGCAAGGAACAGUCAACUCCUAAACAGCCUCAAAGAACGAAAGUAUCACCCGUACCACCGCCGCCGCCGCCUCCUCCUCCUCCUCCACCACCACCACCAGCAGAACACGUGGUGCAAAUCCGACCACAUCCUCGAAACAGCCAGUUUGGAACGGCGGUGCGCAAUCGGAUGUCUUUCAUGUCUUUUGCUUCCGGAAGCACAAAACUGGGCGAGAUGUCUGACAGAAAAUGGCUGGCUCAACACACCAUACCCGAGGCCAACUCGGAUGAGUACGACGUGCCCGUGCUCUAUCCGCUGAAACCAUACAGGCCUGAGGUCAAGGAAAAGAAGUUCUUGGGUCUCUUUGGUCGAAGAAGGCAACGGCAUGAUGAUGAUGAAUGA